AUGGCGCAUUUAUUACGCGCUUUGUUCGUGUGUUUUAUCCUUAAGCACCUCCCAGGAAAUCCCCAAAGCGAAGGAGUUGAUAGUCCUAAACAGAACCCGAAGACUUCUAAUCAAAGAAUUUUCAGUUACGCCAGCUACGGUGGGAGCUAUGGUUCAUCUGGUGGAAGCUAUGCUUCUUCUGGUGGAAGCUAUGCUUCUUCUGGUGGGGGCUAUGCUUCCUCUGGUGGAAGCUACCCACGUGCACCAGUAGGAUACGCUGCUGCACCUCCACCACCUCCACCACCACCUCCACCACCACCUCCACCUCCUCCACCACCAUCCUAUGGUGGCGGUGGUGGUUCUUAUGGUGGUGGCCCAAGCGGUGGAUCCUACGGUGGUGCUCCUAGCGGCGGUGCUUCUUACGGAGGUGCACCCAGCGGUGGUUCCUACGGAGCUGGUGGCGGCGGUGGUUCCAGCGGAGGAUAUUCCGGAGUACAGCAAGGAGGAGGACAAGCUGGAUAUAAUGGCCCGGCCCCAGUUGGUCCUACCCAAGGAGGAGGACAAUACUUAGACACUGGAGCAACCGGUGGAACUGGGGAAGGUCAACAAGGUGGUAAUUAUGGACCAGCUGAAGUAGCGCCUGCGCCGGCAGCACCAGCACCAGAACAACUGCUCGAGCCUGCUCCAGCUGCUCCUGCUCCAGAAAGCCAAGUCGACGAUGUCAGUGAGGUUCAACCCACGGAAGACCAUAAGGCUGGUGGACCAGAAUACCAAGGCCCAGCGCCAGUCCAAACAAAUGAACCUGCUCCAGCGGAAGUAGCUCCCGAACAGCAACCCGUACCAAGUCCAACUAUUGACGAACCAGCCCCUCAAGUUGAGCCCGUAGCACCAGCUCCAACCAACCCACCACCACCCGUAGUUAGUGGUACCGCUGCACCACAGCAGGCUUCUGAGUACGAUGAACAAGAAUACGAUGAGGAAGAGCAGCCUGAAGAGAAUACCGUAGAAGAUACAAAUGAGCCAAUCAUACCACAACCAGCAGAGACUCCUGCUCCAUACAAUCCACCAGCCGAGACGUCCGCUCCAUACAAUCCACCAGCUGAGACAUCCGCUCCAUACAAUCCACCAGUUCAGACGCCCGCUCCAUACAACCCGCCGGUACAGACGCCUGCUCCAUAUGAGCCAUCAGCCCAGCCUCCUGCACCGUACGAGCCACCAGCACAGACACCAGCGCCGUAUGAGCCACCAGCACAGACGCAAGCACCGUACGAGCCUCCAGUACGAACACCGGCCCCAUACGUGCCACCAGCACAAACACCAGCUCCUCCAGAGGGAUAUGAAGAAGAGACUGGGGGAGAGGAAAACGGAGAAGAAUACGAGGAUGUUGUUACCAGUGCGCCCGACGGUGGACAAGAAGCGGAAUACAAGAAUAAGAGAAGGUCUUAA